UUGUUACGGUCACCUAAACCCAUCGCUCACUUAUAAAUACAAUUAACCACCAUACAAACACUAACCUUACCGCCAUUUUUUUCCGGUUUCAGUUGUUAAUAAAAAAAAAACCACCAAGCUGAAAAAUUCAAGAUGGUCCCAGCUUCCUCCGAACACGACGCCGGCUCCGCCUCACCGAAGCGGCACUCCGCCACCUUCCUCAUAACCAUCUCCUCCCUCAUGGCUCUGUGUGCCAAGCACGCCAGUCGCGUCUCGAGUAAGCUCAAAGCAAAGCCGGUUACCAAAAAAUUUUACAAGGAGAGAAGUUACAAUACUUCUUUAUCGGUUCCUCCGAGUCCUGCUCCUAGUUCGAAAUCCCCGUUAAGGGCCCGGCCAAAGCAGCUCAUGACGACGAUAAGCAACAAGGCUAUCAAUUUCAUGCACAAGAAAAAGGUCGACGAGGAGAAGGACGAUGAGAUGAAUUUCCGCGUGUCCCGGGAGGAGGAGUUCGGGGAUGGUGGGGUCUGGCAACGAGCGAUUUUGAUGGGGGAUAAAUGUCAGCCGUUGGAUUUCUCGGGUGUAAUUUAUUAUGACAACAGGGGGAAGCAGCUGAGCGAGGUGCCUUUGAGGUCGCCACGUGCGAGUCCGUUGCCGGGAUAUCUUGCUCGAAGACAAGAGGCGUGACUUUGAUAUAUUGUCACAAGCGGGUGAGGAGUGGAGUUGAGUUAGGUCACGGCUAAACGGUCUUGGUCAACGAGUACGGAAACAUGCGUUUUGUGGUGGUGGACUGGUGGUGGUGUUAGUGGGUGGGCACAAAGUAAGUUUGAGCGUGUCAUGGUGAGGGGAUGACCAAGUCUUUUACUGUGGCAAAUUAGUAAAAGUGGUGUCGUUUUACAUGUGUAUGUACAAACAUUUUAGAUAGCAGAAUAUAUUGGAGAAUUUUGAUUAUGUUUUAAAUUAGCUCUUAAUUUUGUAUGAAGACAAGAUCUAAUUAGUUAAAGAUAAAUUUCAUGCUAAAUAAAUUCUUCAUAUUUUCGUCA